AUGUCACAGCAAACCGUGGCGCGCAUGGGACAUGCGUUCCCCGAGGGCUGCAAGAAUCUUCCGGCGACCUACUUUUCAACAGCUGCUAUAACCAUCUUCACUGACCUGGUUGUCCUGUUGAUGCCUCUGCCCCAGUUAAUGAAGCCGAGCCUGCACCGACGGAGGAAAUAUGCUCUGAUUGCAAUAUUCCUAACAGGAACCUUUGCAUCCGCCGCGUCUAUUGCCCGGCUCAAUGCUCUUUACAAGUACACCUUGGUUCCCAACCUAACUGUUCAGAUUCUCCUCUGGUCUCAGAUCAAAGUAAACGCCGCAAUUAUCUCCGCGUCCGCUCCCUCCCUCCGCCCCCUCUUCCUUCGCAUCUUUAGAGGAUCUUCCUACGGCUGCCAGCGCCCCUCAAACUCCCCGUACGCCGGUUACGGAGCUUACGAAAACGGCGAGUCGAACUUCCGCCGUACCAUCACCGGCGCCGCCGGCACAAACCACGGUGCAGUCGAGUUGACGUCCCGAGAUGACGAUGUGUAUGCGCGGAGGGGACCCGGUGUGUCAAGAAUGACGUUCAAGACGCGGAAGGGCACUGUUGCUGACGACAAUAGUAGUCAGGAGCUGAUCCUUGACCAGAAUGCGAACAUUAUGAAGACGGUGGUUAUCAAGAUGACGAGUGAGAGUCGGAGGUGAUUAUACGUUUAGGAAGAUAAGGCAAGAUGGGAAGGAUAUGCGAAGAAAAGAGAGAGAUCCUUUGCAAGUUGGCAGGUGUUUGGAAGCAAAGCCGCGUUGGAAUGUUCCAGAGA